AUGGUAAAUGCUGUCAUUGAUGGAGAAGACUAUCUCUCUACCUUCUUGGAAGAAAAGUUUCCAUGGAUCAAACAGAUGAUGAUCAAGAUGGAUGUUCUUUAUUUGAACUUUCUUCCUGAAGAUGUGCCAGUUUUUCUGAAUGCGAUCCAAACAAUGGAGCCGUUUCAAAUGCGGAACUUCGAGAUUCGCAACAGCAAUCUCGAAGUUUUCGAAGCUGUGAUGAACAGAAAGAUCGGUCGUCUGGACAGUGUGUGUCUCAGAGGAUGGGGUUACUGUGGCUACUCCUCUGAUAAUAAGAUAGAAAAUUGGAUGGAGGAUAUUGUGCGGUCCCCACAGAUGGAGAACGUUCCGGUUCUGAUGUUCAAAGAGUUUGGAAACGUCGAUAUUGUCACCAGACUUGUUAAGUUCUGGUGGAACGGCGCCGUCUCAGUGGACAAAGAGGCAUAUGCCUAUGCCUCCAAUCGGAAUUCAUUCAAACCUCUUCGAAAAUUGUUUCUGGUUAACGGGGCAAGCAAACCGACCAGCAGGACCUACAUCUUGGACAUGAAAGAUGUGUCCAAGCAACUGUACCUCGAAGUAUUCCCGAACAAGCGGGAAUCCAGAGGCGUGUUUAUCAAAGUUAUUCAAAGAGGACAACGAAAAGUCGAAGCUAGCAUAAAAAUGUGGUACGAGAAAACCGAUGAGGAAGAAUGGUUGGCCGCAAGUCUCACCGGAGAAACAGAGGACAUCGACAAUCAAAACAAGGUAGAAGAUGAAGAAGGAUUUGAAUCAGAAGAAGAUCUGACGGACACCGAAUUAUAA